GAAAACUUUUCUCACCAUGAAAGCCCAAAUUUCUUUUCUUCCCUAAUUCCUCAAUUAUCCUCUUCUUCUUGUUGGCAUUUUUUUUUCUCUUUAUUAACAAUUUCUUUGCUUAUUUAUUUAUUUUUUAAUUUUCUUAUUCAUAUUUUUCCACAACCAAACUUUUUUUUUUUGUUUCAUGCUAUCCAAACAUAAUCAUUUUUCUUUAACCUAUGUUUUUUCCUUUCUUACAUUUUUUGUUUUCCUUCCUAAUACUUCCCAGCGUCCAAACACAAUCCAAAGCAACUGAUGGGCCAACAAUUUUUUUUUUUUUAAUAAUAAUUUAGAAAACAGAUAAUGGGAGGAGACAAACGAAGUGGGGAAGAAGCAACCAGCAUUACCUUCCAAAUUAAAAAAUUUUCCAGGCAGAAAUGGAGAAUUGACAUUCCACAAUUAGUGGGUAGUGUGUCAUUUUACCAAACCAUUUCACUAGUCUUAGUUGUUGUUGGACUGCAAUCACCGCCUAACAUUUUCCCCCUAAUCACUGCUCUGUACCUCCUUCACACUGCCUUUUCUUUUCCUUAUAUAAUUAAUCCCCACCUUUAAUGUUUCCUACCUUUUCUCUCUUGUAAGGAUCCGAUCUGAUUGCCCUUUUAAUUUCUUUGUUUGGUCCCCCUGAAAAUUUGUGGGUUGUUUUGAUUCCAUUCCCGGUUUUCCCUUGUUUUCCUGGUCUCUUGAUAAAACAAACUGAGGGUUGAGUUAAUUUGAUUUCUCCUUUUGUGGGUUUUCUUCCUUGCCAAUUGGGUUGUUCUUGAUUUUUGUUUCCUUGGAAACUGCCUUGCUGUCCUCUCGUUUGCAGUUGAGGUGGUGGUGGUGAUCUUGAUUUUGUCUUCUUUGAGGGGUGUUUUGCUUUUUCUCAGCAGUCAAACAGGGCGUGGAGUUGAUUUUGAUUUCUCUUUUGGGUUCUUCUUGCUUGCAGUUGAGCUCUUGCUAUUGAUCUUCAUUUUGUCUGCUUCUGCUAGUUCCUCCCUGGCUUUUUCUCAGCAACCAAACAGGGCUUGGAGUUACCUUGAUUUCGCCUCUGGUUCCGCUGAGCUGCUGUUGUUUGAUUUUGUCUUCUUUGAAGAGUACUUUAAAUGAGAUCCAAAUGAAGGAGGUGUGAUCAGAGUGGAGACAAGAUGAGUGAGAACAAGGGGUUUGAGCUUGGAACCAUUGGGGCGUUGAGUUUAUCUGUGGUUUCGUCUGUGUCGAUUGUGAUUUGCAAUAAAGCUCUCAUUAGCUCAUUGGGUUUCACUUUUGCUACUACAUUGACAAGCUGGCAUCUUCUGGUCACUUUCUGUUCUCUUCAUGUGGCUCUAUGGAUGAAAUUGUUUGAACACAAACCAUUUGAUGCAAAAGCUGUUAUGGGUUUUGGCAUUCUAAAUGGAAUCUCGAUUGGACUCCUGAAUCUGAGCCUUGGUUUCAAUUCUGUUGGUUUCUAUCAGAUGACAAAGCUGGCAAUCAUUCCCUGUACUGUACUCUUGGAGACCCUUUUCUUCAGGAAGAAAUUCAGUAGGAGUAUCCAGCUUGCUCUUUCUAUCCUUCUUAUGGGUGUCGGAAUUGCAACCGUUACUGAUCUGCAGCUCAAUGCCCUGGGCUCUAUUUUAUCUGUCCUCGCAGUUAUUACAACAUGCAUUGCUCAGAUUAUGACGAAUACCAUCCAGAAGAAGUUCAAGGUUUCUUCAACGCAACUGCUGUAUCAAUCUUGUCCCUAUCAAGCACUGACGCUGUUCAUCUCUGGCCCAUUUCUGGACUGGUUUCUGACUAGUCAAAACGUAUUUGCUUUCAAAUAUACACCGCAAGUUCUGGUUUUCAUUGUUCUAUCCUGCUUGAUCUCUGUCUCAGUCAAUUUUAGCACCUUUCUUGUGAUUGGCAAGACAUCGCCCGUCACCUAUCAGGUCCUGGGGCACUUGAAAACAUGCCUAGUACUAGCAUUUGGUUAUGUUCUACUUCAUGACCCAUUUAGCUGGAGGAACAUUUUAGGGAUUCUGAUUGCAUUAGUAGGGAUGGUCCUGUAUUCAUACUACUGCACCCGUGAGGGUCAGCAAAAAACUUCAGAAGCAUCAGCACAAUCUUCUUCACAGGCAAAGGAAGGUGAAGCUGAUCCUCUAAUCAAUAUAGAGAAUGAAACUGGGAUAUUAACCGAUGCUGCUGUCCCAAAGGCCCCAGUAUGGAGCUCAAACAAAGAUUUGCAUGCAUGAAGGCAUCUUUAUUACAGUUCAUACAUCCAAGAGCUGCAGAUGGAACCAUUGCAAUAAGGUGUUGGCAAUGGAGGUUCCCCAAGGUUGUCAAUGGCUUGCACACCCAAAUUACAGAGUAAUGGCAAUUUCUCAUACCGAUCAAGGCAUUUAUCUGCGUUGAGAAACAUACCCUUCUUUUUCUUGUGUUGGUUCAAGCAGUAGGCACCUGAGCUCCCUAGACUUUUGUGAGGAAUGCAUAUAAGUGGUGUUUUUGUUUCUGGGUAGAGAAAAUAUGGGGUCCAUUUGAAACUUUUGAUAGGUUUUAGGCUUUGUUUGAAUCUUGGGGAAUGUAAGAAAAAGGAAGCUCAAAAGGGAAAAUAAAUAAAUAAAUAAAUUAUAUUCGCUUA